AUGGAUCGCAGUCUUGAUGAGAUCCUUGCAGACCGCGGUCAGAAGGACGGCGGCGGCAGACCUCGCGGCCGAGGAGGCCAGCGCAGACGAGAGCCCAGAAGUGAUUUCCCCCGCGAUGGAGUCAGAAAGUCCUAUCGCGACGAAGGUCCUAGAAACCUAGACUCAGAAUGGGUCCACGACAGAUUCGAGGAUAAUGGUAUACGGCGCGGGCCUUGGCUUGGAAGACGGCAUACUGACGGCGAGCACAGUGAAGAGAUCGGCACCAAGAUCCGCGUUGACAAUGUCCACUAUGACCUGUCAGAGGAAGACCUCUCUAGUCUGUUCCAUAGGAUUGGCCCGGUGCUGAAGCUCGACAUCCGGUAUGAUCGUGCUGGUCGCUCCACGGGCACGGUGUUCGUCACGUACGAAGUCUACGAGGAUGCCCGCGAGGCAGUACGCCAAUUUGACGGUGCCAACGCCAAAGGACAACCUAUCCGCCUGUCGAUCCUCCCUCCUCGCAGACGCGACGACUCGAGCGCCAUGGCCGGGCGGCCGCUUUCUGAACGCAUCACCCUCGGGUCUGGACGCAACCGCUCCCGUUCACCAGUACGGGAUAUGGAAGAUGAAGCCGCACGCAGGAAUAUUGAUCGCUACGUGCCUGGCGGUCGUCGCUCCCGCAGCCCUGUGCGGGGCCGGCGGCGUGGCGAGGGGGGUCGUCGCCCUGGUGCUCGACGUGGCGGUGGCAACCCUCGAGAGGGCACAGAGAGGCAGGGUAGAGAUGCACGUCCCAAGAAGACACAGGAGGAGCUCGACGCCGAGAUGGAAGAUUACUUCACCGCCCAGACAGCCUCUAACGCUGAGGGGCAGACUGCGGCUGCUACAGCGGCCGAGGAAGAUAUCGACAUGAUCGAGUAA